AUGUCUAUUAUGUAUGCUUUUCUUGCAUCUGCACCAGCAGCCAUUUACAGUGCCCGCUUCUGCACCGAUCAAACCUUUUACUCAUCCGACACCAAAUUUCAAUCCAACUUGAAUACCCUCCUCUCUUCUCUUGUUUCAAACUUCUCCCUUCCCUCCAACAGCGGUUUCCACCGAGCCUCCGUCGACGAUAUCGACGGCCGUUUCCUCUACCGCGACGACGUCAACGCGAUCGUCUGCCAUGGCUGCGUCGCCGCAGCAGCAACCAACAUAACUCGCCUUUGUCCCAACGAUACCGAGUUCUACAUCUGGUACAUCGAGUGUACGCUAAUCUACUCCAACAACACCUUCAACAAUGAUGACGAAGACGAACACCACCAUAGACCACAUUACUGUCUUGCUUCCGCCAUCCGCUGCAUGACGAAGACGAACAGAGAUGCAUCUUCAACCACAACUUCGAUUAAACCUUAA